AUGGCCUCACUGGACGAACGGUAUUACCGAGGUCUGGAAAUGCGAGAACAGAUGGCGGCAGGGGACUUCCGCCACUUUACGCUGCCGGGCAUUGAUCAACUGGCCCCGGACCUCAAGCGCAUCGUGGACGAAGCCCUGUUCGGGUCCAUAUGGACUCGGGGUGGGCUAGAUAUAAAGCAACGCUGUUUGUGCACCCUUUCGGCCCUCCUGACUUUGGGUCAUCUGCAUUUGCUCCGGAGACACGUCGAACGGGCAUUAAACGUGGGUUUGACUCCCGAAGAGGUGGUCGAGUGCUUCAUUCAGAUGACAUUUUACGUGGGGGUUCCCGCAGUCGAAUCUGCCAUGGCGAUAGGCAAGGAGAUCUUUGAAGAAAGGGGACUUCAAUUCACGCCUACCUUGGCCUACGACACUGAAAAGGACCCCGACGCCCUCCACCAGGAAGGUGUCCAGUGCCACGAAGAACACAUGGGGGACAUCACUAUUUACCAUACUGAAGAUCCUGACUCUCAGGAGAUGCAGCUCGAGAGGCUGAUCAAUGAAUACAAUUGGGGCGCUAUCUUUACACGUCCCCAUUUGGAUGCCAAGGCCCGUUCAAUGUGUGCCCUGGUCUCUAUGACAGUAAUGGGCCAAUACGACCGUCAAUUGCGGCGAAGGAUAUCCGGCGCCCUCCGAGUAGGUAUGACUCCCGAAGAAAUUAUGGAAGUGUUUAUCCAGUUGACCCUUUAUGGGGGCUAUUUCAAUACCCGGACCGCCAUGCGUAUCGCCCGUUCAGUGUUCAACGAAGAGGGAAUCGCGGCACGGGCCAGCUAA